UUUUGAAAAGCAAAAAAUAAAUACUUUCUUUACAGUCCAAAACUCAAAAAUACUUGCAGUUUUGAAAAAAACUAAACGUCAACAGCCGGGGUUAGGUUAUAUUAUUGUUAUCGGAAAAGGAUUUUGCUGUUAAUAAUGUAUAAAAGUUAUUUUAUGCGCAGAAACAAAUUAUAAAACAACUUGUUUUGAUAAAUUAUUAAAAUGGAGAGGCUACGUCAUUUAAUUUUCUUUUUUUGUAUGACGCUUAAGGCCCUUUGUGUUCAUGGUGAUGAUUUCAAAGAAGAGAUGUUUAUCAAGCCUUUACCACCUACUCAUCUCUAUGUCGACUUUCAGUUUAUAACUUCAGUGACCACCGAUUCCUAUUUUGAACAUUCCCACCUCUCACCACGAUCAUUAGGCGAAAUAAUAUCAAGAUUUCAAGUAGAAGAACUGCAUCUAACAUUAACAGAAGGACAGUGGAGACAUCAUCAGUGGGGGUAUCCAGUAUUGGAUGCUGCCCCUGGGGCUGAACUGUAUGCUUGGUUCUCACCAGAGGUCACUAAUAUAGACACCCAGUGGAGGAAAUUAAGUGCUACGCUUUCUGGACUUUUUUGUGCCUCAUUAAACUUUAUAGACAAUUUCAACACAGUCACCCCCCAGAUGGCCCUCUGGCCAACAGGAGCAUUUAAAAAUAGUGAGAAUGUAACUGCUCAGCUGAGAUAUGCAUCAUUACCAAGAGAGAUUGUCUGCACAGAGAACUUAACACCGUGGAAGAAACUCCUCCCAUGUGAGUCAAGCAGAGGGUUCUCAGCAUUGCUGAACUCUAGAAUGAUACACAAUACAAACUAUCAUUCCAUUGGAGUGCAUGUACGGAAGAAGUGUAUGUCAAAGCAAUGUACUGAAACUGAACUGGAAAUAAAGCAAACUGUGGCACUUGUUUAUGAUUAUAAAAUAAUUAAUAGCUAUGACUGGUCAUUCAGGAAGCUAUUUGGUCAAGGUUUACCAGGAGCUUGCCCUUUGUCAUCUGCUAGUAGAAUAUAUGUUGAAAUCUCAUCAAAUGACACACAGCCUUUUAAAUUGGUUCCACCUCCAGAGAGAAUUCUUACUUCUAAAAGAGGCUAUGGUGAUAUUCAACUGGCUGUAUAUGAUGUUGAGCCUGAUGGCCAAAUGAUAAAUAUCGGAGCAAAACAUGAAAGCAAGAACAAAGUAGCUGUCACCAUCCCUCCACCACUGCAUUUCAAUCGCUAUGUCCUAGGUUAUGGGAAAGAGUUUGGUGGCAUUGUUACAGAGCUGAUAAAUAACUGUUUUACUUCUAUAAAUGUUGUUGUACUAGAGAAUGCCCCAUGGUGGUUGCCAAUUCAACUGAGCUCUCUAAGAAUAAAUGGGGAAGCAGAGAGUAAAAUUGUAUUGUCACAGUAUUACUCUCCGGGCCGUAGCAGACAGAAGCCAUAUCACUUGGAGUUACUCUUGAAAUUGCCACCCAGGUCCACUACUACAAUAACAAUUGAUUUUGAAUUUGUAUUUUUAAAAUGGCAAGAGUAUCCCCCUGAUGCCAAUCAUGGAUUUUACAUUGGGUCUGCAUUAAUUGCUGCUAACUUGCCAACUGGAAAAAAUCUUACUAGUUUGCCAAUUACUGGCAGCACAUUUGAUUCUGUCAUAAAUGCUUCUCAAUUAUGGUAUCCAGUUCUGUUCAGAUCUAAUGGUGCUAUGGUGUCUCUACCAACUCCAGACUUCAGCAUGCCCUACAAUGUGAUUUGUCUCGCCUGCACUGUAGUUGCAUUGGCAUUCGGCCCUCUCCACAACAUCUGCACUAAGGAACUAGUGCUGAAACCAGCAGGCACACCAGUAUCCUUAACACAAAAGAUAUUGAAUUUAUUUAAAAGGAAGAAGGACUAAUUUAUUUGUCUACCCUGCAUUAUUUUUGUUACCAAAAAUGAGAACAAAUUGCUGACUGAAUAAAUUAUAAUUUUGUUGUUACAACAAUAAAAAGUAUUAGUAUUUAAA